UCACCAUGAUUGUGCAAUGGCCACCGUGUAGAGUAUAUAUGUGGCCCCCACUUCGGUCUCUUACCUAUCUCGAUCAAUCGAGUCAAAAUGCCUUUAGCCAAGGACCUGCUCAAUCCUAGGAUUGAAGAAGAGAAACAGAAAUGCAAGCUAAAACGCUUGGUGCAGAGUCCCAACUCAUAUUUCAUGGAUGUCAAGUGUCCUGGCUGCUACAAAAUCACCACGGUGUUUAGCCAUGCGCAGAGCGUAGUGCUAUGUGUUGGAUGUUCCACAGUGCUGUGCCAGCCGACUGGUGGUAAGGCAAGGCUCACAGAAGGCUGCUCGUUCCGACGAAAACAACACUAAACGUUGGAUAACAAGCCAAAUCUGUGAAGCUGUGAUCAUCAUUCAUCAUGUGAAUAAGACAGUAGCACUGAGCUGCAGCACGGACACACUAGUGCUGCCACCUGUGUGUCCGUGCUGUAGUUAUCAUAAAGAGUUGGACUCUCACCACAUUCGAGCGAAAUUAUCUCAUAUACUGAAAAGUAGUCCACAACGAGUGCUUUGUACAAAUGUGACCACCUCAGAAAUAAUAAACAUAGGAUGUGGAAGAAAA